CUCAUGUCCAGUGCAAGGCUACAGAAGCAGAAUUGGAUGUAAAGCACAGCUCUAUAAAUCCAGGGGCCAUGAUGUUGUAUGAUAUCAAGCUGUGAAAGGAUAAAUAUUAACACACAAACUCUAUCAAAAGCGAGGGUGAUAAUAGCCUCUCUAAGUUGAGUAUAAAAUAGCUUCCACUUUCAUUGCACAACCAAUUACUAGCUCUCGCUUUACGUAUAUCUCUCUCCAAAAACUCGAGAAUCACGAUAUGAGAUUGGAGCUUGGACCAUCCCGAUAACGGAAUAACGCUUCUCCGACCAAUCAAGCUCGUUGACGACGUACAUCUCCAAAGCCCAGCUCCCCAUCCUAACCUCAAAGCACCACUAAAAUGCUCCGCCUAAUACCCCUCUCAACGCUCCUACUAAUAACCUCCGCUUCCAUCCUCCCGCUCUCCGAACGCUCCCCGCUCCCUUUAAUAAUCUGGCACGGCCUGGGCGACAACUACGAUGCUGACGGCCUCAAAUCGGUCGGCGACCUAGCAAACGAAACCAACCCCGGAACGUUCGUCUACAACAUCCGGCUAGACGAAGACCCUGGCUCCGACCGAACGGCAACAUUCUUCGGAAACAUAACCCUCCAAAUCGCCCAGGUUUGCGAGGACCUCGCCUCACACCCUAUACUCUCCACGGCGCCAGCCGUAAACGCACUGGGCUUCUCGCAAGGCGGACAAUUUCUCCGGGGAUAUAUUGAGCGGUGUAACUUACCUCCUGUUCGGAACCUCAUCACAUUCGGCAGCCAACACAACGGAAUCGCAAAAUAUCAAACCUGUGGUGCGGCGGACUGGGUUUGUAAGGGAGCAAUGGCGUUGCUUAGAACGAAUACCUGGUCCGAUUACGUGCAAUCACAUCUCGUUCCCGCGCAGUACUUCCGCAGCACGAACGCCUCCACUGGCGAACCGAGUUCCGAGUACCUAGAGCACUCGAACUUCCUCGCAGACAUUAAUAACGAGCGCGAAGGCAAGAAUGCUACAUAUGCGGAGAAUCUCGCAAGUUUGGAUAAUUUUAUUAUGUAUGUUUUUGAAGACGAUACGACGGUGAUUCCGAAGGAGAGUGGGUGGUUUGCGCAGACGAAUUUGACGAGUGGAGAUGUGACGGACUUGCGGGAUAGGACGAUUUAUAAAGAGGAUUGGAUUGGACUGAAGAAGUUGGAUGAGAAGGGAGGUUUGGUGUUCAAGACGACGGAAGGAGGGCAUAUGCAGUUGAAUGAUAAGGAGUUAGUUUAUUUGUUUAAAACGUAUUUUGCUCCUCCAAAGGCGGCUUGGGAGGUGGUUGGGGAAGUACUGCAAGAAAUUGUGGAGCUGUAAAAUCGAAGGCAAAUAUUGUGGAAUGGCGUUAUUGAUACGGUUGAUAUGCAUUAUUGCUGCGCCGGGUUGCACAGAUCGGAUCAUUUUGAAUAUUAUUGUCAAGGAUCAAGUUCGCCUAGGCUUUUAACCACUCACCUAACUAUAUUGCAUACCAUCUUA